CUAGUGAAUAAUUUAUUGCCAAAACAGCCAUGUUAGACAUCGAAAUCAGCCUCCUCACUGAUUGCUGUAUCAGUGUGUGCAUCAUUAUGGGAAGAAGGAAAAAAAUCAAAUGUUUCGGUCUGAACCAUCAGGUUUACUCUGAAACUUAACACAGCUGUUUAUCCCACCAUAGAAGGGAAAGAAAUGACCACUAUCUUAGUGUGCUGUUUUAUUGAUGGAAACAGUAUGAAGAACCCUUAGGAGGAGGGCAUGUGUGUGUGUGUGUGUGUGUGAGAAAGAGAGAGAGAGACAGCCUCCAAAAGCGCACACGCACUCAAGGCACACAUCAGAGCUGCACGCUACAGAGAAGCUCCAAAUCCUCACUGGGAUCUUAAUCCAUUUCCACCUACAAACCUGCUGAGUUUUGCUCCACAUUGACUUCUGAAGAGUCACAUCGAUUUGGGAGAUGGAUAGAGACGCAUAGAAAAUUGGCUGGGAGUCGAACACACACCAGGACAUCUCCUGGAAAGCUGAGCCGGUAACAUUGUAUUUAUACUGUGUGUUUUCUGAACCAACUCUAGCCUGAAGUAUAGGCUGCAUUCACGCUGCUUUUAAUUGAGGUCCUCACAUCACAGGUCUCUGUCUUGUGGUCUGGAAUGUAACUGCCCUGUAAAGACCUGUCUCGUUAUUUACGUCUUCAAUUAUGUCUAUGAUGCUUCUUGCUACACUUCUUCCACACACUUGUCACUCUUCUCUUUAGUAAACAUUGCUGAAUGAUAAUCUUGGCUAUGGGGACACGUGUGAACGACUCGGCUGUAUUCGUCAACGCAUCUCUGGCACUUUCGGAGACUCCUGUGUCUUCUCAGGACACGGUUAUAACGUUUCUCCUAGGCACUGUCCUUUCUACCAUGUUUCUAGUGGGUACUGCUGGAAACGUGUACACCCUGGUGGUAAUGAACAUUGCAAUACGAGUAACCGGCACUAUGUACGUCUACAUCAUGAAUUUGGCUUUGGCCGACCUGCUCUACCUGUGCACUAUUCCGUUUGUGGUGUGCACCUACUUCGCUAAAGACUGGUACUUCAGCGAUAUUGGCUGCCGUGUGCUCUUCAGCCUCGACUUCAUCACCAUGCACGCCAGCAUCUUCAUGCUGACCGUGAUGAGCACGGAGCGCUAUGUGGCCGUGCUCAGACCGCUGGACACCUUCACCCGUUCCAGGCACUACAGGCGAGCCGUCACGUGCGCUGUCUGGCUCGUCUCAUUCGCCCUUUCGCUCCCCACCAUGAUCAUGAUCGAGCUGAGGACAAGUAUCCGAGAUGGGAUUGAGAAGCGUAUAUGCCACCCCACCUGGCAGAUGACUGCCUACAAAGCCUACCUGACCGUCCUCUUUAACACGUGCAUCUUGGCUCCAGGAUGCGUCAUUGGGUACCUCUAUCUCAAGUUAGCCAGAACUUACUGGACGUCCCAAACCACCGUGUUCUCCUCCUCCAAAGCAGCGAGCGGGACUAAAUGUCCCAAACAGAAAGUACUAUACAUGAUCUUUGGUAUAGUUCUUACGUAUUGGGCAUGCUUUGUACCUUUCUGGUUAUGGCAGCUGCUCAGUGUUUAUUACUUUGAACAUGGGAAGCUCUCUCAUAAAACGAUGGUGUGCGUGAACUUCAUCGUGACGUGUCUGGCUUACAGCAACAGCUGCAUCAACCCUUUUCUGUACACGCUGCUCACCAGAAACUACCAGGAGUAUCUGAGAGACAGGCAGAAGAGUGGCAUUGGGUUUAAAAAGAGAUUCCAUUAUUCGUCUCAAAGGUCUGUCUCAUCUGGGAGUCACCAGUUUACACUUUGA